GAACACCUUGCGCGCAUAAGGGUUUUUCAAUAUAAAGAGACCGAUAAAGCUUCUGGUCAAGCUAGAGGCUUCGCAGCUGUACACAGAAUUCUCCCGGAGAUCGUACCGUCACCGGAAUCCGAUUUCAGAAGCUUCUCAGGUAAAGAUGAGUGUAAGUAGAGUCAAAGAUUUGAGGCUUCCAUUGAUGAAUCUGAUUAGACUUAAAGGAACACCAAUUCUGGAGCAACUUCAUUUAGAAGAAAGACUUCUUAGAACAUCUUCUGAUAAUUGGUGCAUUGUUAAUGAUGGAACCAAUGUUCCUACCAUUGUCAUGGGAAUGUCAGGGAAGCCUUCUCAGCUUCUUGAGGUUAGACCAGUUAUGGAAGAUCGAAUACCGGUGAUUAAAAGAUUUACGGGAGGAGGGACUGUGAUUGUGGAUAAGAGUACUUUGUUUGUGAGUUUGAUUUGUAACAAGGAUGAUGUUCCAAAUGUCCAGCCUUAUCCUCGUUCUGUCAUGGCGUGGAGCGGUUCGUUGUAUGGUGAAGUGUUUAAGGGUAUUAAUGGUUUCCAGCUACGUGAGAACGAUUAUGUUUUUGGUGAUCGUAAGUUUGGUGGGAAUGCUCAAUCGAUAAUUAAGAAUAGAUGGAUACACCAUACGUCAUUUUUAUGGGAUUACGAUGUGAGGAACAUGGCUUACCUUAAACUGCCUUCGAGAGUGCCACAGUAUCGGUUGGAAAGAGAUCACACGGAAUUCGUGUGUAGAAUGAAGAAUUACAUUGAAAGAUUGGAUUUUGUUGAGAAGACAGUGAAGGCUGUGGGAAACCAAUUCACAUUGAAGCAAGUGAACCUUGAGGAUAUCGAUUCCUAUGCAAAAGGCGGAUAUUUGAAGACCACGAGGCUUCUUACAAUGGAAGAACUCGAAGAAGCAAUGGCUGGUACCAUUCAAAACGCAUGAGAGUAUUUCUCAUGCUUAGUUAAGUUUUACUCAUAUAGAAUUCAAAACUACUAUAGUUUUCGUUGUGCUUGAUUCUUUACCUCGGGUUAGAGCCACUACUUUUGUCUCCUCCAUUGAUGGCCUAACUCAGAAUUCUUAAGAUAAAUUUGUGCUGGUGUUUGAUUUUGUAAUACUGUUUUGAAAUUUUGAUUCGAUUAAUAAUAGCACAUGAAGAAA